CCUUGUGCUUUUGCCGUGAUGUCUAAAAAAUACCAGUUACUUUACGGCUAUGAAUAACCGUGCCCUUUUAAUUACCUGCCGUGGUGCCCUUUUUGUGUAUGUUUGUUUGUUUUUUAAACUUGUAUAACCCUAACUUUUAUUUUAAAACAUGCACGAAUUCGAUGUUCCUCGGUAGUGUUUGUAUACAGUUUCUUGGUCAUGUAUUAUAAUUGUACAUCGAACGUAACAAAUGAUAAAUUACGGUUGAAAUGUACAGCGUUACGGGGAAAACCCCCACCGUAAAUUGCAGAAAGUUUUAACGUCGUACAUUUACGAAAAAAACACAUAAAUAACCGAAAAAGAAUCCCGGGGCAAUUUUUUUAUUUUUUUAUUUAGGCUAAACCAUGCCUAGUAGUAAAAGAAGACUAAAAGAAUCCGAGAAACAACGGAAGGAAGAGGGACAAAAAUUUCCAAAACAUUUUCAUUAUUUCAGACAAGGACUAUGAAGUUAACUGUUGCUUCUGUCGCCGUGUUUGCCUCCGUGCUUACUGUCAAGCGUGUUACAGGAGGAAGUUGGCUAGGUAGAGCAUACAUUGCCUGUAUGGAGCCCGGAAUUGAAGGGCAAAAAACAGAAUUAAAGUGUACUGUAACUGGAACUGUACGUGAAAGAAAAACACUGUGGAUUGCACCAUUUAAUAAAGAGGUAGUGUCCUGUGACUUUGAACAAUCGGUAUGUACUACGUCUGGGGAAUUCACUGACCGCUAUACCGGUGUGAUCAAUACGCCCGAAGAAUGCACGUUGAUAAUAGAGUCGUUCGAUCCGAAAACUGACGCUGGUACAUGGGCGUGCCGUGAUCCAUGGCUUGGCCGACGAUCUUAUUGUGAAAAGACCAUUGGAAAACCUGACAGUGAGAGUGAGCGCACGUCUGGCUUAAGUACAGGUGCUAUAUCUGGAAUUGUGAUCGCUGUUGUAUUGGCUGUUGCUAUACCCACGGGUUGGAUAAUAUACAGGAAGAAAGAAGCAUGCAAAAGGUGAAGAUAUGCAGAACGCACACAACCGAACAACGGAAAACAAAAUUGAAUUUGACUA